AUGCUGGACUGGAAAGAAUAUAUAGCCUCAGUUCUGCAAGACAGCACCAUUGCAGACAUCGCCAUCGUUGGAUGCACCCCCAAAAACAAAAAGAUUUGGGCGUGCAGGAGUGACGGUGUGCUGGGCCAGAUUACAUCUCAGGAGGUCGAAGUGAUCAUUGACAAAGACAGAAAGUCAAUCCUCCAAAACGGGAUCACCAUUGGUGGGAAGAAGUACUCCAUCAUCCGGGACAAUAUGCUGCUGGAGAAGAACCCCUCAAUGGAUAUCAGGACACUGGGUGACGAAGGAAAGAGCAUCUGUAUUGGCAGAUUAUCCAAAGCUCUGAUGUUUCUGAUGGGGCAGAAAGGAGUUCAUGGAGGAGUUGUGAACAAAAAGUUGCAUGACUUAGUGGAUUCUCUGAACAGAAACGGUAACAUCUAA